GUAAGUACGGUACGAGUAACGAACCGACCAAUCAAUCAAAAUACUUGAAACCAAAAAAUUGAGAAGUUUCUUUUUCUUUCGGUGAUUGAUUUAGAUUGUGGAAUUGAAUACAGUACGGUAGAAGACGAAACCGAAGAAGCACGACGAUAAUAGAAUCAUUCGAACCUAUGAAUAUCCCCAAGCGUUAACCUUGAACAAUAUUACAAACGAUCAUGGCGAGCUGCGAUACCAAUCAACACGGUAGUACAUGUCAAGCUACUAGUGCCGCUGCGGGAGCACUGCCUGCGCCAUCGCCRGCGUCUUCCUCAGCGACGACAGAACCAACGGCAAGCAACACCACAACCGCACGUACCAGUCAUGCGGCGAGUCCUCCGGCAAAGCCACCGACUAGCAGCCCCAUCCAGCAAGCGGUUGAUCCUCCCCACGGGGAAGCGCAUGCAAACGCCACUGCCACUGCCAUCGCCAGCAACAGCAACGGCAACGGCAACAACAACAACAACAACAAACGCCGGCGGCGAGGGAGAAAGCAGGAGGCCGCGGCAGCCCCGCCACCGGUGCCCCCACCGGUGUGCAGCGUCUGCAGGAUUGCCGGAGAACCCCCAAAGUACAAGUGUCCGAAAUGCCGCGCAACCUAUUGCAGCGUGGCGUGCUGCCGGCAGCACAAGACCGUGUGCCCCGGGAAACCGGGGGAGGGAGACGGCCGGGCCGGACGAGGAGGCGGGCAAGCAGCGGUGGGUGCGGCCGCGUCCAGCAGCGGCAACAGCAGCAGCAACCACAGCAGCAGCAACCACAGCAGCAGCAACAACAAGAACGCGCCUCUGGGUCCGUCGGCCCAAAACGACCCCGGGAAGGACGAUUCCAGCGACGACGGCGGGGACGACGAUUCCUCCCUGGAGGACGGGUGGAAGAUCACCGACGACAUGACGGUGGCGCUGCGAAACUCGGUGUGGUUGCGGACCGAGCUGCGGGACGGCGGGCUCCGGGACAUGAUUUCGUCCGUGGUGAAGUCCCAAAAGACCUACAGGUCCCACCGCAGGAAGCAAAAGAAACACAGGGGRCGAUACCACAAGCGCGGCCGGUUCCAGCAGAACCAGAAACAGCCCCCCGGGCACCCCCACGAGGUCCUGGCCGCGAAACGAAACGAGAACCGGAACUUUGACGUCUUUSUCGACAAGUUGCUGGUGCUGGCGGACGUGCUGGAGCGGCAGGAGCCGCCGCUUUCGUCGUCUCCGGGUGCCGAGCCCGGGCCGCCGGYCAAUGGUUCCCGAAACGAGAAAGAACUGGAGCAGUGGCUGGGGAGGAGGUGGGACCCCGGGAUGCCACAACCGUCUCUGGUGCUGAGGCCGAAGCGAAAGGCCGUUCCGAAAUUCCAGCCCGUCGACGUUUCGUCCUCCUCGGAGGACGAGGACGAGGACGAGGACGAGGACGACCGGGACGAUGGCGGGGAAGACGUCACAUCCGUGACAGACCAGCACGGUGCGCAAGAACCCACACCACCACCAACGCGGGGGAACUAGCUACAAUGAUACAAGCAACAUG